AAAAAUAUUAACUCUAUUCUUAUUUUCACCAUCAGAUGAGAAAGAAUCUUUCAUGAGAUAAACACUAAUUUGAUCAUUUUAUUUUAAAGAGGGAAAAUGAAGAGAUUGUUCAUAAUUAAUUAUCACCUAAAUGGAACGAUGGGGAUUAAUUACUGGAACUGAGUUUUUUAGCUGAAUUAGUGUAUUUAGCAUGAACACAUGAACUUUAAUGAUGAAUGAAAUAGAGGAUCACAUAAAAAUACAUUGGAAAUGUGGAGGUGAAAAAUUUAAAUAGUUUAGAAUUAUCAUUGAGUUAGAUUCAUAGCAAAGAACUUAAUUCUUUUGCAGAAAGCAUUACAUUGCAGAGAAUGUUACAAAUAUGAUAAAUUCAUGCAAACUUUGUUUUCCAAUUCCUAUUUGAUAAUAAGGGC